AUGUUGUUUCACUUGUCUUUCACAUUUGUUUUGGCCUCUCUAGCUCUCGCUGACAGCAAAAAUGAGCGCAUCAGUCCAGCGAGGGGUGCAAUUGUUGUGGAUGCAACCGGAAAGCUCCAGAACAGCUUCCGGAACAUCAGUGCUGCAAUUAACGCGUUGAGUAAUACCACAUCGGCGCAAACAAUCUACAUCGCGCCCGGAACCUACACUGAGCAGGUGUACAUUCAACCUCUUGUCGGUCCACUCACAGUGCAAGGCUAUACUAAGGAUGCCCGCUCAUACAAAGACAACAAAGUCACUAUCACUGGCAAUCUGUCGCGUCAGACCCCAGGUCUUCCCAACAACGAUGCGACAUCGACAGUUCGACUUUGGACAUCGAACGUGAAGUUCUACAAUCUGAAUAUUGCCAACACUUUUGGCCAGGGAGCUCAAGCUCUUGCUCUCAGCGCUCAGAACACGAACCAGGGCUUCUACGGAUGCAAUUUCACUGGCUGGCAAGACACCAUAUAUGCCAACGAGGGCAGGCAAAUCUACGCCAAGAGCUUCAUCAAUGGAGCUGUAGACUUCAUCUUCGGUCUACGCGCAUCCGCAUGGUUCGACAAAGUCGACAUCGAGUCAAUCGGAUCUGGUUUCAUCACAGCGAGUGGCCGUGACGCGGCGAAUAACACCAGCAUCUACGUAUUUAACCAAGCAAGGAUCCGAGGCACAAGCGGUGCAAAUUCGACCUACCUCGGCCGACCCUGGCGUCAAUUUUCGCGAGUUAUAUUCCAGCGGAGUGAUAUUGGUGAUGUUGUUCGUCCCGAGGGCUGGUCUAGAUGGGAUGCUGUACAACCUUUGGACAACGUGGUGUAUCAAGAGUACAAGAAUUACGGGCCUGGUGCAGCUGGUCCGAGGGCGAACUUCAGCUCGCAGCUCAGCAAGCCAAUUGCGAUCGAAGAUGUCUUUGGGAGGAAUUUUAAGCAGGAGGUUUGGGUUGAUGCGGAAUACCUGUAG